AUGUUCUUGAGAAUUCUUAUCCGGGAGGAAGACAAGUGGUCACAAUGCUUCGUAUGGCGUAACUGUCCAUCGGAUGAAGUUCAGAUAUACACAAUCAACGUCGCUAUGUUCAGGUGGCCACCGACGGCCGGCGGCUACAGGCGCCAGGCUCAAUCGCAGGCAUACAGUGAAGAGAUUAAUCAACUAAACAUCGAUGGCAGUGUUGACAAACGGAGUUCACUGCGUUCGCUGCUACCAUUUUCCGAAGAGCACGGAGUCAUGCGGGUACGAGGUCGGAUUGGAAACGCACCGCAUAUUCCGUACGCGGAAAAGUAUCCCGUAGUAUUGCCGAGGGAACAUCGUAUAACCUUUCUUCUGGUGAAUUACUACCACCAAUGGUUCCUUCACGCCAACGGAGAAACAGUGUACAACGAACUACGACAGAUGUUUUACAUUCCGAAGCUUCGAACGCUCAUACGCAAAGUUGGCAGGAGUUGUCAGUACUGUAAUGUACAGAAAGCAGUUCCAGUGCCGCCGCAGAUGGCGCGACUUCCAAAGGAACGCCUAACCCCAUUCGUCCGGCCGUUCACGUACGUUGGCGUUGCCUACAUGGGGCCCUUCGAAGUCAAAGUCGGCCGCAGUCUGGUGAAAAGAUGGAUCUGCUUGUUUACCUGUCUUACGGUAUGGGCGGUUCAUAUGGAGCUAGCACACAGUCUUUCAACAUCGUCUUGCGUGAUGGCCUUUACGAGAUUCGUGGCCCGACGGGGUGCGCCGCUAGAGGUUUUCUCCGAUAAUGGCACGAACUUCGUCGGAGCCAAUCGCCAGUUAUCGGAAGAAAAACAAUACAAUACAUUUACCAACGCACACACACAGUGGUACUUCAACGUUCCAGCAGCCCCGCACAUGGGAGGACCCUGGGUGCGCAUGGUCAGAUCAGUAAAGGUCGCGAUGAAAGCUGUUUCUUAUAGUCCCCGCCAUCCUAGCGACGAAGUAUUGGAAACGAUCAUGCUAGAAGCCGAAGGCAUUGUGAAUUCGCGACCGUUAACCUAUGUUCCCCUGGAUGUUGCAGAUCAAGAGGCACUCACACCAAACCACUUUCUGUUAUAUGGAUCGAACGGAAUCAAGCAGCCAGCAAGCGAACCUGUGAUCACAGGAAACAUUCUUCGGGACAACUGGAAGCUGGCCCAGCAUAUUGGAAACGAAUUCUGGCGAAGGUGGAUCCGGGAAUAUCUUCCAAUGUUGACACGGCGGGCGAAAUGGUUCGAUACAGUGAAGCCCGUGGAACCUGGCGAUCUAGUCGUCAUAGUGGACGAACAUGCGAGGAACCGCUGGGAACGAGAACGCAUUUUGGAAACCUUCGCAGAUAAGUUCGGACAGGUGAGACGCGCAACAGUACAGACUAAUAGAGGUGUGUUUGAGAGACCUGCUGUAAAGCUCGCUGUUCUGGAUGUCGUAAGCUGUAACCAGAAGUCGGAUGAAGCCGCUGCGGGACCGGCAAUGGUUCACGGGUCGGAGGAUGUCGCCGAUACCUUUUGUGGUGAACCAAAUGUCCUAUCCCUCGCUAUCCCAACGUCACGAGCAGGCAGUGCGAGCGCUUUGACAGAUGAUCAACAUAAUUAG